AAAUAUUUUCGUGUCACUUCUUACAGGUCAUGGGACUUGCGAUCUAACAUCAUUCGAGAAUAAAUAUAGGCUGGAAAACUCGAAUGUUACAGGAUUGAGCUGGAUGAUUCACGUGUAAAGUGGGUUAAAGAGACGGAAGAAGUUGCUUUACACAAUUUUGCUGUUAUAAAGGGAUAUCUCUAAUUAUUUGACCUUUAUUAUUGACCAUGAGCGGUGAGUUUUGGUUGAUCUCGGCGCCGGGCGAGAAGACGUGUCAGCAGACAUGGGAGAGACUGAAUGGCGCCACCGUGAGGUUCGAUCUGUCGCUGAACUUCAAGUUCCCGAUCCCUGACCUGAAAGUCGGAACGUUGGACACGUUGGUUGGACUCUCAGAUGAAUUGGGGAAACUGGAUUCCUAUGUAGAUAAUAUCACCCACAAGCUUGCUCACUAUCUUGGAGAAGUUCUGGAAGAUCAGAAGGACAGACUGGCAGAGAAUCUCAUGGCUAACAGAAUGGACUUGAGCACGUAUGUAACCAGAUUCCAGUGGGAUGUUGCUAAAUAUCCUAUCAAACUGCCUCUAAAGAGCAUCGCUGAGAUCAUUAGCAAGCAAGUAUCACAGAUGGACGGAGACCUCAAGACCAAAUCUCACUCGUACAACAGUAUCAAGGGAAACCUGCAAACACUGGAAAGGAAAGCCACAGGGAGCUUAUUAUCACGCAAUCUUGGAGACAUCGUCAAGAAGGAGGACUUUAUCAACGAGUCGGAGUAUCUCACCACGCUGCUCGUCGUCGUCCAAAAGAAUCUGUACUCUGAUUGGGGUUUCAAAUAUGAGAAGCUCUCUGACAUGGUUGUGCCCAGGUCUACAAGGAUGAUCUAUGAAGACAAUGAUCACGGCUUAUACAGCGUCACGUUAUUCAAGAAGGUCGUGGAUGAGUACAAGCUACACGCCAGGGAAAACAAGUUCAUGGUGAGAGAGUUCACAUACAAUGAGGAGGAGUUGAACGCCGGAAAGAGCGAGCUGAACAAGCUUGCAGCUGACAAGAAAAGGCAAUAUGGCCCACUCGUGCGAUGGCUAAAGAUCAACUUCAGUGAAGCAUUCCAGGCGUGGGUACAUGUCAAGGCACUGAGGGUGUUCGUAGAAUCAGUCUUAAGGUAUGGUCUGCCAGUUAACUUUCAACCCAUGAUACUGCAGCCAUACAAGAAAACACAGAAGAAACUCAAAGAAGUUCUAAACACCCUCUACGGCCAUCUAGAUGGAAGCAAUAUAAAUACUAAGGAUGCUAAAGGUGUACCGGCUUUUGACAUGCCAGGUCUAAUGUCAAACACAGAGUACUUCCCCUAUGUCUUCUAUCCUAUCCAAAUCAACUUCUGCGACUGAGCAAGACCUCUUCGUCGUCAUCGUGGACAUUUUAACUUCAGCUAAAUAAAAACACAGUACAUCUCAUUAAUCAAGUCUGUAAAUCUACAUCAUUGCAUAAAGAACCAAAAAGGAAUUGAAAGGUUUAUAAUAGCAUUGCUUGUUAUGUCAAAUUCUGUUUCAUUGCCUAGCAAAUUUGAAUACACCCUAUUUACGUUGCUGAUGUCACAGACCAAUGAACAAGCAUGGACUUAAGAAAAGAAGAUAUUUUGUUGCGACACCUGGAACUAUUUGCUUGGUUUUCUUGAUAGUAUUGACUCAUUUAUCAGUGAAUAUACUGAAACCAACUUUGUGACCAUCUGUAUAGAAAGACCACUUUUUUGUCUUCUUGAUGAAGGCUUCUCAUUGAGAAUUAAAGUCGGAAAACUCCAUGAAAAGUUCAGUCCUGUAAUAUAUGUGGUGGUCUAAUUUUUGAUGUUGGCAGUUCUGCCAAUAACAGAUUCACUUGUACAAAAUAACCAAUAUAUUAAUUAUAAUGAGACAAUGCUGUUUGUUUAAACUGUGAAAAAUAUGUAUUGUACAAAUUGGGGCAAUAAUAGUACAUGUUCUUUAUAUUUCCAUAUAUAGUUGAACAUCUGUCAGUUUCGUGUAUAGAUAGAUAUUAGAUAUCUGUAUUAUAAAAAUAAAAUAUCAUUUUGUUGAAUUCUAAAAGGACAUUGAAGUCUGUAAGAUAGGAUCAGUACUUGAAGAAUAUGAUAAUCAGAUUUUGAGAGGAAUAGUUUGAAUCUCAAAAGGCUUUUUUUUUCUUUCCUGUUUAUGUCGUUCAUGUGUGUCUUGCAAAUCCUUUGUCAAUAGGGGUAUAAGCUAGAUUAUUUAAAUGAUCACUUUUCUUAACAUUGAUGAGAAUUUAUUUAAAUAUCAGUGAUGAAUACAGGGACAGAAUAAGUAGGACCCCACCCCCCAAAAAAAAUCUUUAAAGAUAUGUAUUGUUACAAUUUUGUUUUAGUUUUUUAUGUGCUAGAGGUGCUUCAUGAACAAAAUCUCUGAUGAUUUUCUGUUUCCAUUUAUAUUCAUUCAUAAUGUACAUGCAAUGUCUCUUUCUCCUAGUACAGUAUGUUUAGCUUUUCAAAAUGUUUGCAUUUUGCAAUAAGUGCUGUAACUCUAUUAUUGUAUUAAUGGGUGCAGACAAAGGGUCUGUAUUCCACUAAUUCAGGGUCUCACGUCAGCCUCUGGUUUAAAUUUGAGUAGAACAUGACCCAAAAUCUUUUGAAAUUUGGAAUCAUUACCAUUAUAAAAAAACUGACGAGGCCAGCAUGAUACUGGUCAGGUAUUCAAGAGAGCGAGAAAGGCUAAGCUGAUAGCAAUCAGUGGCAGAUUAAGCAUUUUUUAAAUUAAAGAAUGUGCACGCAUACUCUUUGCUCAACUUUCUAUGGCACCCAUGACACACAAAGGGUUAAAGUCAUACUGUACUAGAAGUACUAGAUUGCAAGUCCUCUCUAGCGCCAUCUCAGGUCAGCUGUUGCAGUAUGGUCCUGUUACUCCCCGCUUCCCUAGCUGCGCUGUUUGUUCUCACAUCGAGUCCUUCGUCUGCAAGUGGAAAUUAAGUAUUGGGUUACGCACUGUUGGCAAUUUGACCAUGAGAUGGCGCUGUGCAAUAAAAGGUAACCUAGGGCAGAAAAAUUCACCAGUUCUGUAUUGCUUUAAGAUUACAUAUACAUAUAUGCACGUUAUAAUUUAUAGCUAUUGCAUACCGGUACACAUAUUUUAGGGUGUAUAGGUAUUUUGGCCUCCUCUGUAUCUGUGUAUACUAUCCAAUAGGAACUGCCUGUAUUGAUCCUGAUGUUAUGCAAUUUUAUGUGUAGAAUAUUACAUUCCAGUGUCUCAAAAAUAAGAAGUUCAGUUUAAAUUUGAUUGUGACUUGACAAAGCAAUUGAAUAUUGAGAAUAAGUCGGGAAAAGGGAAAUGGAGGAAGAGGUGGAGGGGAGAAAGGAUUGAAGGUUUGAUAUGCAUUAAUCAAGGGAAAAAGGAUUCAUUAUGCAUAAUUGGGAAUUGUGUAUUUAUCACUUAUACUGAUAGUACAUUCUCCAUAUGAAGAAGUAACCUGGGCUCCAUUUCACAAAACUUGUCAUCGGUGACAAAUGACAGUUUUUGUUAUAAGCUACUGAAAUCCUUGCUUCUGAUUGGUUAUCAGCAGAUUUGUCACUGAAUUUUGUCAUUUGUCAUUUAAAAAAGGCUUUGUGAAACAGAUCCCUGGAUUUAUCUUAGUAAUAUGAUAUAUGCUUUGUCGACAAUUGCUAAGGGCUCGAUUUUGUCAAAGAUAUAGGUUUACGGUUAGGGUUGCAAUUGGGGUUUAGGUUAGGUUUACCAUUAGGGUUAGAAUUAGGUCUAGUGUUAGGUCAGGGUUGGAUUUGGGAAUUCAUUUAGCGGAGCAACUGUCGCCAGAAUCUGUCUAACAGAACCCUUCCUUUUUAAAUUUCUGUAAUUUUUUUCAUGAAUAAAUGAUGAAAAAGUGGACAAACACGAUAGCAAGUACUUUCGAAAAAUUCAAGCUAAGGCAAGUUCAGUAGCCUUGUGCGUCACCUAUUGGAAUGUGUGAACAUAACGAUGACGUAUUACAUAAUCC